AUGAGUGAUGACUCAUCUACUUCAACUACAAGUACUUCAACGAGUUCAACUUGUCAUCCUAAUACUGAAUUAGAUAUUACGCCUAGCCCUACCAUUUUGUCCGUUUCAACACCUUUAGAGCUAGAGAAAGGAAACCACGCAGGUGAUGCUAGAAAUCUGAUUUCAAUAGAUAUAGCUAAAUAUGGAUAUGAUGAUUGGAAUAAUGUACACAGCGGCCUAACUUCCCAUGAAAAUUCCUCAGAGCAUAUUCAAAGCUCUAGCACUUUUUUAAACAGAAGUAAGUUGAAAAAUCGAAUAGAUAAAGGGCUCCAACUACAAAUUCAAAAUGAAAUGAAUUAUUGGCGAAAUGUGCUUCAGCGAGUUGUAGCGGUAGUAAAAAAACUUGGUAGUCGAGGAUUACCAUUUAGAGGGAAGAAUGAGCAAUUUGGGUCAAAUAAGAAUGGGAAUUUUAUGAUGUGCUUGGAGCUUAUUGCGGAAUUCGAUCCUUUUAUGUCUAAUCAUUUAGCUACUUAUGGAAAUCCGGGUCGGGGUAAAACAUCCUAUCUGUCUUCUACAAUUUGUGAAGAGUUUAUUUCUUUGAUUGCGAAAAAAGUAUUAAAUGUGAUUAUUGACGAAGUAAAUCGUUGUAAGUAUUUUUCCAUUGUUGUUGACUCAACGCCCGAUAUCAGUCACGUGGAUGAAUUGUCGUUUGUAAUCAGAUAUGUAAAACGAGAAAUUCAAGAAGAUACACCAGCUGACAUUGAACGAUUUUUAAAAUUUAUACCCAAUGUUGGACAUAAGGCAAUAGACAUGCUAAAUGCAGUUACAGGUACACUCGAAGAAUUUGGUUUGAAUUUACAGAAAUAA